AUGGUGCUGUUCGCCGCAGCGGAAAUCUCCCUCCCAGCAUUUCUGGAUCCAGUGCUCGAGAUGCUAUCAGAUCGUUUGCCACAGCCAGUAUUUGCUCUGUUCAUCAAUGUUUUGGCCCAUGGAAUAGCCCUCUUCACCGCUUUGCUUUCAUUCUUGGGCGUUCUGCUACGCACGAAUCCGUUCGAAUGGGACGCGCAGACGGUUCUGCCGCCCCUCAUCACCCUCUUAUCUGCAUAUCUAGCGCUGAUAACCCUAUAUCGCACCACGGGGUGGAUAUUCCGGACGGUGCUCGCUUUCAUCAAAUGGGGUCUCAUAUUCACCGCACUCGGCGUGGCAGGGGGCUGGUAUAUAGCUGGGGGUGCGAACGGCGGAAAUGGCAUUGGUAGUCUGGGUCUGGCGUCUAGCAUUGGCCGUUUCGUAUUGGACUCGCUUAACGGUCCGCAAGAGAAUGUGCCAAACAAUCAAGGUUCGAGAACAAGAACAACUUCGUCGCGUUCAUCACGUACGCGUGGCAAUCAACGCGCCGAUCGACCGAAGCCAUGGGAAUCAUUCGACCGCCAUCAGCAGUGGCGGACUCAGAACGCAGGGCAGGACCAGGAUGGUGGUGACGUCCAACAGGUCCUUGGGAGCAUGGUUGAUGCGGCGGCAAAGGUGGUCAGGGAGAAUGAUUGGUGGGAGGCCGCAAAGAAUACCGUAGAAGGCAUUGUUAAUGCCCCUUCGGAUGUUAAUGCGGAAAAUCCUGGGAGGGGGAACUCGAGAUCUACCCGGAGUCGGACUGGACGUGCUACCACGAGAUGA